GCCAGGCGUGUGACCCAGGCUAGAAGCAGCCACAUGAGCCUCUGUUAGCUCACCCUGUCACCUGUUUUAGGACGAUGGAGUGAAAAAUAACACUAAGACCAAAUGAUGCUGCAAAGCUGAAGCUCAGUGUGGAGAUGCUGCUGUGAAUCAACCGUGACUGAAGAUGAGAAGAAGGUAGGAGCUUUCAGUGCAACGUGUGGAAAAAGGGACCAAGAAGCAGAAAAAACAAAGCAGGAGAAUUGGUGACCAACAUUAUUACUGGACUAAAUGAACUGUGAAGAUGGGGACACUGGUCGAACCGGCGCUGCUGCUACUUUUAUGGCAGAGUGUUUGGGCUUUGGACAUUCCUCUGGAGGUCAGACAACCCCCAACCAUCAUAAAGCAGUCGAUGAAGGAGCAUAUUGUUGACCCCAAAGACACCAUGGUCAUUGAGUGUGAAGCCAAAGGAAACCCUCAUCCUAUUUUCUCAUGGAGGCGCAACGGGAAGUAUUUCAACGUGGCACGUGACUCCCAGGCAUCGAUGCGCAGGCGCUCAGGGACUCUGGACAUCUACGCCAAGAACAAUCCAGAACAGUAUGAGGCAGAGUAUCAGUGCAUCGCCUCCAAUGAGUAUGGAUCAGCGUACUCCAAUAAGAUCAGACUACAGCUGUACAGAGCUCCUGUGUGGCCGAGGGAGAUUCUGGAGCCUGUGGUGGUUAGUGCUGGUUUGCCUCUGGUCCUGUCCUGUGACCCUCCGCCUGGCCCACCAAAACCUGAAACCUACUGGAUGUCCAGCUGCUCAUAUGCGAGACCUUUCAACUGGCCCAUCCAGACAGCUUUCCCUACCAUGCAGGCUGUGCGGCCGGACCGCAGGGUUUCCAUGGGAGUCAACGGAGAUCUGUAUUUCUCUAAUGUGCUGAUUAAUGACUCUGUUGCUGAUUACUGCUGUAAUGCCCGCUUCCCCUACAAGAAUGUCAUUCAACAGAAGAUGCCUGUGGUAGUGAAGGUGCUUACAACUCGUACGGUGGCAGAGGCUGCCCCCACCUGGUUGUCUCCCACAGGUUCAUCAAGCUCCAUACUGGUCUUGCAAGGGGAGGAGCUGCUCCUGGAGUGCAUUGCUGCAGGAAUGCCAACUCCCCGCAUUACCUGGACCAAGGAUGGAGAGGACCUUGCAGUGACGUCACGCAUGAAAGUAAAGAACUUCAACAAGAUGAUUCAAAUCCCAAAGGCAUCCUUUGAUGAUGUGGGUGAAUACACCUGCGCUGCUACCAAUAGGUUGGGCUACAUCGAGCACACGAUAACUGUCAGGGUCAAAGCGGCUCCAUUCUGGUUAGAGAAGCCCACUGAUUUGAUUUUGGCCCCAGAGGAAAACGGACGGUUGGUGUGUCGUUCCGAUGGGGCUCCUCGUCCUACAAUCAGCUGGUCCAUCAAUGGGGAACCAAUUGAAACUGCUGAUCCGCAGCCUAACCGACAGGUGUCAGGAGACACACUAAUCUUCCGUUCUGUGAGCGCUUCAAACACCGCUGUCUAUCAGUGCAAUGCUUCCAAUCAGUUUGGUUACUUAUUGGCUAAUGCAUUUGUCAAUGUGCUACAUGCAACCCCUCGUAUUCUUGGCCCAAGAAAUGAACUCACAAAGGUGAUAGAAGGUAGUCAUGCUUUAUUAGACUGCCGCUACUUUGGGUCUCCAGUACCAGAGCUGAGAUGGUCCAAAUAUGGACAAGGAAAUCUUGAAGGAAAUCGCUUUAAGACCCACAGUAAUGGGACACUGGAGAUCAAACGCAUACGGAUAGAAGACCAGGGAACUUACCUGUGCAUAAUCAGCAACAUCGCAGGAAGAGAUGAAAAUCAGGUCCGAAUAGAGGUCAAAGAACCCAUAAUAAUUGUUACAAAACCACAGAGUAUGAAAGUCAUGCGUGGAACUGAUGUACGCUUAGAGUGCGGUGUUAAAGCAGAUAUCACUACUCCUGUCACGACCAACUGGUUAAAAAACAAAAAGCAUGUCACUCUUGGCUGGAGGAUCUCUCUGGAUGAAUCAAAUCUGGUCAUUACUAAUGUAAACAGAGGCGAUGAAGGCAAUUAUACAUGUGUGAUCAAGAAUGAGCUGGACCAGAAGUCUGCGUCAGCACACCUAAUGGUGAUGGAUCGUCCAAAUCCUCCUACUAACUUGGAGUUGUCAGAUCCAUAUGAGCGGACAGUAAGACUCAGCUGGGUUCCUGGAGACAGCAACCACAGCCCCAUCACAGAGUACUUAGUGCAGUAUGACGAUGACGACUGGCUGCCUGGGAAGUGGAGAAACCUUUCAACGUACCCCGGGACCCUCAACUCUGUCAUUUUGCACCUUGCACCUUUCUCCUAUUACGAAUUCAGGGUCAUCGCCAUUAAUGAAAUCGGAGCGAGUCGCCCCAGUCGUCCUUCUACGCGCUUCCAGACCAGCGGUGCACCUCCAGAUGUCAUACCAAAGAAUUUAAAAGGUGUGGGUACAUGGAGAAACAACAUGGAGAUCAGCUGGGAGCCUCUGACCUACAGAGAGUGGAACGGACCCAAACUUAAGUAUCUGGUGUGGUGGAGAAGGAGAGAUUCUCGAGAGGAGUGGAAGAACGCAACCACCAAGUGGCUGAAAUAUUACAUCUAUGAUGCCGACACCUUCACACCUUAUGAGCUCAAAGUCCAGGCUGUCAACGACUUUGGGAUGGGACCAGAGUCUCCUGUUGUUAUUGGGUAUUCUGGUGAAGACCGUCCUAUAGCUGCACCCCUGAACCUCAGAGUGUCUGACAUCGAGAGCACACAGGUGACUGUACACUGGGACACCGUGACACGAGGUUCUAUUAUGGGAGAACUGAAAGAAUACAAGGUGUACUACUGGAGGGACAGCAGCCAGCUGAGGUGGCACUGGGUCAACAGAGCGAUGAAGUCCAAAUCGUUUCCAGACGAUGUGCCAGAGCCCUCUGGGACUGUCACCAACCUUAUUCCCUAUAGCAACUACAAGAUGUACAUAGUAGUGGCAAAUAAUCGAUACGAAGGACCGCCAAGUAAUAGCAUACACUUUUCAACACCUGAAGGAGUUCCAUCUGCUCCCACAUCCUUCAGGAUCCAACAGCGACAUCUGGAUAGUAUUUAUGUUGACUGGGACCUGCCAGCAGAACCCAAUGGUAUCAUUACAGGGUAUUCCCUCAAGUAUCAGACAGUGAAUGCCACCAGAGGAGAGGAGCUGAGAGUCGAGGAGUUCCCUCCUAAUACAACCAGCUUCUCAAUCCGGAGAUACGACCGCUACACUCGAUACAGAUUCUCAGUGGCAGCACGAACUCGGCUUGGGUUAGGAGAAUGGCACACAGAGGAGUCGCCCCACUACACCACAGAAACGUACGCUCAGGACCAGGUGGACAUCACCACCCAGGGGUGGUUCAUUGGGAUAAUGUGUGCCGUGGCUCUCAUCGUGCUCAUCCUCCUCAUCGUGUGCUUCAUCAAGAGGAGCCGAGGGGGGAAAUACCCAGUACGUGAAAAAAAGGACAUUUCACUGGAGCCGGUGGAUGACAAAGAUCAAGAGGGGUCAUUUGAUUAUCGGUCCCUUGAAAGGAUCACACGUGUCUCUACUCUGCCCUACCCUCGGCGAGAGGAGGAAAGAGGGCUUCAAAGAGGUCAGCCAUCUAUUGAGGCGAUGAUGAAGCGAUCGGACAGCGAUGACAGUCUGGUGGAAUAUGGAGAAGGGGGCGAGAUACCGUUUAAUGAGGACGGCUCAUUCAUUGGCCAGUACACAGGAACCAGGAGAGAUGUCAGGGAGUUGGAUUUUGGUGGAAGUCUGGAGCUCCACUCACCGAUGAACACCAUCUACUCCCUGGCGUAACUUCAAACUGCCCUCCUCACUUCAUCUCAGCUAUUUGCCACUGUGCUUGCACCGUUCCUUUUGAGUGACGAACCUGAAGGAACUUGUGGGAGGAUCUACAGGAGGAAACAGCAGGACACGGAGAAGCUGUUCAGUCCUCCUUUUUCUUGGAGACAACAUAAAUUUCAUUGCAUUUAAGGAAGAAAAGAUGGAAAAGUUGGGACCAUCUUUCUAGAAAGUCAUUUCUUCAUCUGAUGAAAAGGAAGCUUUACCUUUUGUUUUGAGAAUAAAGAUACUGUGUGUUUGUGCACAUGCCUUCAAUUAUCCAGUCGAUGGAGAGACUUUGGCUGUGCAUCACACGAGACAGAAGUGGAUCAGUUUAUCAUGUUGAUAAAAGCAGUUGCAAGGACCAACUUAACUAGUGUUGUUGCAUCUUUUUCUUUCUGCUAAUUUCACGAACAAGAUUUCUGUUAUUUUUGUAUGCUUGCAAUUUAAAAUAAGGGCUGCACACCAAACUUUCACCAUCAGAGGAGCUGCAAUGUAAUCCCAGAACACAGACACUCUCCACCAUGAUUUAUACACCAGAGCUGAACGUAUAAUGUGAGAGUGAGAAGGUGAUAGAUCAAGGAAAAUAUUAUCUCCGGGGAUGAUUAAUUCAUUCAUUCAUUGCACUUUGGUCUAAUGGAGAAACCUCAAACCAUUUAGGGAAUCAGCAAGCAGCCAUAAACCAGCUGUAAAAUCACACAUUGCUCUUGAACUGGUCACCUUAAUUGACUCACAAUGGAGAUUAUUAAUCAUUAUAUAACAGCGUUUGUUUAUUUGACUCCUAACAUCAUCUGUGUAUUAAGCCAGUUCUGCCUUAAUUUAAAUAAAGUGAAGGUAUUUAUUUCUAGCAUGUCUUAUAUGAAUGUGGAUUCUGCUGCUCUGUUUAAAUCUUAAAGGGAUAACCAGGUUUAUUAUUCUUUCAAUAAAAUUAAAAUUUCCCACA